AUGUUACCCGACUACGGUGCAGUAACACAAGCUCUUUUGGGUACACUUCUGACGUGGGGUUUGACAGCAGCUGGAGCCGGCUGCGUGUUCUUCAUAAGAGGAAAACAUAGGAAAUUAUUGGAUGUAUCCCUGGGAUUUGCUGCUGGGGUUAUGACAGCGGCUUCUUAUUGGUCUCUAUUGGAGCCAGCUAUAGAAAUGUGCAAAGACUCGGGCAUGUAUGGUGAUGAGGGACAAUACGCAUUUUUGCCUGUUGCAGUGGGAUUCUUAUUUGGGGCAGUAUUUGUUUUUGGGACUGAUAGAUUCCUAGAUUAUCUAGGAAUCAACUCUACAAACAUGAUGAUAACUAUUACCAAGAGUAAAGACUCAAAGGAAAAAAUGGAAGACUUAGAAAUGAUGACCGCUUUAAAUAGACGCCCAUCAAAUCCGACAGUGGUGACGAUGGAAGCCACUCAGCCUGUUGAGUUUGCAGACUGCAUUUCUAAUCAACACACGGCACAACGCAGAAGGGGGCACCAUCAUUCUCAACACUCCUUGAAAAAUGGAGAAGUAGGUGAAGGUGAUAGGAGGGAUAGCGUUAUGCGAUCGCUGGAAGCUAGGCAGUCGCAAUGGAAGAGGAUAAUGCUUCUCGUUGUGGCCAUCACGGUUCACAAUAUCCCAGAGGGUCUUGCUGUUGGCGUGGCAUUUGGUGCGUCCGCCUCAUCGACCAAGGCCUCCUUCCAUAGUGCCAGAAACCUGGCGUUGGGCAUUGGCAUACAAAACUUCCCUGAAGGUUUGGCUGUGAGCCUGCCCCUGCAGUCGGCCGGUUUUUCAGUGUGGAGAGCUUUCUGGUAUGGACAGCUAUCUGGGAUGGUCGAGCCAGUGUUCGGAGUUCUGGGCGCGGUGGCGGUGGCGUAUGCGCAACCGGCGCUGCCAUACGCGCUCGCCUUCGCCGCUGGUGCGAUGAUCUACGUCGUCGCUGAUGACAUCAUACCAGAGGCUAAUGCUUCCGGCAACGGCAAACUGGCGACGUGGGGCUGCAUCAUCGGUUUCUUAGUGAUGAUGUGCCUAGACGUUGGACUUGGAUAA